AUGUCUUCGGGAGUGCUGCCCGUGGAGGUACCAGCAGGAGAUACUGAAAACCUGUCUCUAGAACUGCUGCCCACGGAGGGGCCAGGAGUAAAUCCUGAAAACCUGUCUCUGGAACUGCUGCCCGUGGAGGUGCCAGGAGCAGAGCCUGAAAACAUGUCCAAAGGAUUCCUGUUCACGGAGGUGCCAGGAAUAGAUCCUGAAAACAUGUCCAAAGGAUUCCUGCCUGUGGAUGUGCCGGGAGCAGAUCCUGAAAACAUGUCUAAAGGAUUCCUGCCCAUGGAGGUGCCAGGAGUAGAUCCUGAAAACAUGUCCAAAGGAUUCCUGCCUGUGGAGGUGCCAGGAGCAGAUCCUGAAAACAUGUCCAAAGGAUUCCUGCCUGUGGAGGUGCCAGGAGUAGAUCCUGAAAACAUGUCCAAAGGAUUCCUGCCUGUGGAGGUGCCAGGAGUAGAUCCUGAAAACAUGUCUAAAGGAUUCCUGCCUGUGGAGGUGCCAGGAGUAGAUCCUGAAAACAUGUCCAAAGGAUUCCUGCUCAUGGAGGUGCCAGGAGUAGAUCCUGAAAACAUGUCCAAAGGAUUCCUUCCCACAGAGCUGCCAGGAGUUGAUAUUGAAAACAUGUCCAAAGGAUUCCUGCCCAUGGAAGAGCCAGAAGUAUAUCCUGCAAAUAUGUCUCAAGAUUUGCUGCCCAUGGAGGUGCCAGAAGCACUCUAUUACAUGAAUAAAGGGAGGACCAUGAUACCAUCAAAUGCACUAGAGGAUGGAAACUCAGGCCUUGGUUCCAUGGGAGAUGGUGAAUGGCAAAGAAGGAAAGAUGACGGUACUGGGCCAGACCAAGGUGAUUUCAAGAUAGAAUCCUCUCCUUGCUACCUGUUGACCGUAAGGAUCAUCCGGAUGAAAAAUCUCCAACGAGUGGAUGCCUUAAGCCAGGCUGAUUGCUACGUGUCCUUGUGGCUGCCGACUGCGACGUGUGAAAGGUCACGCACUAAAACUGUGAGAAAUUCUGACAAUCCGGUGUGGAACGAAACCUUCUACUUCAGAAUCCAGAGUCAGGUCAAGAACGUGCUGGAGCUCACAGUGUAUGAUGAGGAUUUUGCUACUCCAGAUGACCAUCUCCUCUGUGCACUCUUUGAUACUGCUAAACUUCCACUUGAAAGAACAGUCAUCUUGUACUUCAAGUCUGCCCCAAAUGCCAAGGAGGAGCUAGAGGUUGAAUUCAAAUUGGAGGUCGCAUCUGGUCCUCAUGAAAUGAUUGCUAGCAAUGGAGUGCUGGUGUGUCGUGAACUUUGCUGCUUGGAAGUUGAAGUGGCAGAGAAGACAAAGCAAAAAUCAAGUAAAAAAGAGCUUUCCCUCACUGUGAAGGGCUCCUUUGAGGGGACACAGGACAUUGUGCUGGGCCCCAACGGAAUGGUCAGCCCGUCGUGUCCCACCGAGUUCCACUACAUCAAGUACGCGGAGCCGACACUGGAUGUCAUGCUGCCCAAGAAGAGGCGCUACCACCCUUGGUCCUGUAGGUACAGUACAGAGACGGGCUCCCCAGUCGUGAUGCUGAACUCGCUGCCCAUGGGAAGGAAAAUGACCAUUGCAGAGGAGAAAAGAUUUGACUUGAAUGUGACAGCCAAAACUUGUAAUUGUUCAUGCCACCAAGACCUGGACAUGCGCUUUGGGUUUAACUUGUGCUCUGAAGAGAUGGCUUUCCUGGAGAAAAGAAAGAGAUAUGUAGCAAGUGCUCUCAAAAAUGUUUUUCAUCUACCGCACGAUCUGCAGGAUCAGGAAGUCCCCAUCGUGGCCAUCAUCACGACAGGCGGAGGGCUGAAGUCAAUGACAGGAUUGUAUGGCAGCCUCAUGGGGCUCAAGAAGUUAAAUCUGCUGGACUGUGUAACAUACAUCAGCGGGCUGUCUGGCACCACAUGGACCAUGGCCAACUUAUACAGAGAUGCCUACUGGUCACAGAAGGACCUGGACUCACAUAUUGGUGAAGCCCAAAAACAAGCAACAAAAUGCAAGAUGGGCUGUUUCUCUAUGGAUCGCAUGAAGUACUACAACAAGCAGCUUUGCCAGCGGAAAGAAGAGGGAUACAGGACAUCAUUUAUAGAUCUUUGGGGUCUCAUGAUUGAGUACUUACUAAACGAUGGGAAAGACCCCCACAAGCUUUCAGAGCAGCAAGAAGCACUGUGUGAUGGCCAGAACCCACUUCCCAUCUAUGUGUCAGUCUGUGUCCGGGACAGUUACAGCACAAAUGAUUUCAAAGAGUGGGUGGAGUUCACUCCCUACGAGGUGGGACUGCUGAAGUACGGUGUGUUUGUUCGCACGGAGCAUUUCGGAAGCGAGUUCUUCAUGGGCCGCUUGUUAAAAAAGCUCCCUGAAUCCCGCAUCUGCUACCUUCAAGGUAUGUGGAGCAGUAUAUUUUCUGUGAACCUUUUACAAAUAUGGGGACUAUCCCACAGUUCAGAGGACUUCUGGAAGAGAUGGACGCAAGACAGAAUAGAUGAAGUUGAUGAAGACCCGGUGCUGCCCACAAGACCCCACGAGCUGAGGACUCGCAUGUACACCCCCCCUGGCCCCCUGUCCAGCGCCCUGCGGGGAGCACUGACCGACCGCUUCUCCGUCGCCCAGCACCACAAUUUCCUGAAGGGAUACCAGCUGCAUAACAGCUACAUGGAGAACGAGCACUUCUGUCGGUGGAAAGACACUGUGUUAGACUCACGUCCCAACCAGCUGAUGCAAAGUCCUGAUCAACUGGGCAUGAUAGAUGCUGGAUUUUUCAUCAAUACCAGCAGUGCACCACUUUUAAGGCCACAGAGGGAAGUGGAUGUCAUCAUAUAUCUAAGUUAUACUACUGGAUCACAUACAUCGUCUCUAGAUAAGGCGUGCAAAUACUACUCAGAGCAAAAAAUCCCAUUCCCAACAAUUUCUUUGACUGAUGAAGAUAAGAAAAAUCUGAAGGAGUGCUACAUCUUCCAAGAUUCAGAUUUGCCAGGGUGUCCAAUUGUGAUUUUCCUUCCCCUUGUGAAUGAUACCUUCCAAGAGUACAAAGCACCUGGUGUCAAGCGCUGUUGCUCAGAGAUGGAGGGAGGCCAGCUUGACUUGACCAGCUCCUGUUCCCCCUACUGCAUGUUCUCUGUCAGAUACACUGAUGAGAACUACUCCAAGCUGCUGAACCUCAGCGAGUACAAUAUCCUCAACAACUCUCAGAUGAUUAUGCAGGCCUUGCAAACAGCGAUGCAAAGGAGAAAGCAGAAAAUCUUUGUGGAACACAAAGUGCAGCCAGCCCUGGAAAACAAAGAGAACCUGAGACACAACUGGGAGCUGGUAACACUGGACGUGUGUGUGAACAUGACCACAAUGGACCAGGAUGGCAUUUUGUCUCAGGAGCUGAUCACUCAAACCUCUCAUCAAGGAGACAGAACUAUGCAGCUGAAUCCUGAUGGGAAUCAGUGGACUCCUCUUACAAAGACGGAAUCUUCUCUGUGUUACUUACUGACUGUAAGAGUCAUAAGAGCAAGAAAUAUCCACCAGGCAGAUGUUUUGAGCCAUACUGAUUGCUAUGUGAGCCUGUGGCUGCCAACUGCUUCAAACGACAGAUUUCAGACUAAAGCCGUCAAGAAUUGCAAAGAUCCAGUCUGGAAUGAAACCUUCUAUUUCAGGAUCCAGAGUCAGGUUAAGAAUGUGCUGGAGCUGGCACUCUAUGAUAAGGAUGUGGUUACUCAGGAUGACCACCUCUUCACAGUGUACUUUGACAUAGCCAAACUUUCCCUGGGAGAGGAGGUCUUCAUGCACUUCAAGUGUGAUUCACAGAGACGAGAGGAAUUGGAGGUGGGAUUUGCCUUGGAUAAUAUUUCGGGCCCUCCUGAAACAAUCAUUACUAAUGGAGUGCUAGUGUCUCGCAAAAUCUGCUGCUUAGAAGUUCAGGUGAUUGAGAAGAAGAAAAAGGAGAAGAAAUCAAAAAAAGAAUUCUCCUUUAAAGUGCAAGGCUCUUACGAAGGCACCCAGGACAUUGUGCUGGGAUCUAAUCUGGUCUUCAGCUCCUCCUCUCCUGCCAAAUUCCACUAUGCCAGAUACAAGCAGCCAAAACUGGAUGUUAUACUACCAGGGAAGAAACGACCUCCCUCCUCACACUCAUGUGUGUAUGAUACAGGCUGUCCAAAUGUGGAACUGCAUUCCAUUCCAAGUGGAAAAAACAUGAUCUUAGCAGAGGAUAAAAGAUUCGAUUUAUAUGCGAAAGCAGAAGACUGCCCAGACCACCUUGAUGUGCGUUUAGGAUUUGACCUCUGCAAACAGGAGCAAGACUUUCUCUGCAAAAGGAAGAAUUAUGUUAUUCCUGCUCUGAAGAAGGUUCUGCAGCUGGAACAGGAUCUGCUGGACCAUGAGGCCCCAGUGGUGGCUGUCAUGACCACAGGAGGAGGGAUGAGAUCCUUGACUGCACUCUAUGGCAGCCUGAGGGGACUCAAAAAGCUCAAUGUCUUGGACUGUGCUACCUACCUGACUGGCUUGUCUGGUACUACCUGGACCAUGUCAAACUUGUACAGAGAUGCUGAGUGGUCACAAAAGGAUCUCGACAAGCAAAUCAGUGAGGCUCGAAAACAUAUGACAAAAUGCAAAAUAAAUUCCUUUUCCUUGGAGUAUUUGAAGUAUUACAAAAAGCAGCUGUCCCAACGGAAAAGAGAGGGCCACAAAACGUCCUUUAUAGAUCUCUGGGGUCUUGUCCUGGAAUCUUUUUUGCAUGAUGGGAAAGACAGCCACAGACUCUCUGAUCAGCAACGGGCCAUUGAUCGUGGUCAGAACCCACUUCCUAUCUACACUGCAGUCAAUGUCAAGAACAACUACAGCACUCUGGAUUUCAAAGAAUGGGUGGAGUUCACCCCAUAUGAGGUGGGAUUGCAAAAGUAUGGAGUUUUUGUUCGCAGUGAGGAUUUUGGCAGUGAGUUCUUCAUGGGACGAUUGAUGAAGAAGGUCCCUGAAUCCAGGAUCUGCUUCUUGGAAGGCAUAUGGAGUAGUUUAUUUUCAUUCAAUGUGUUAUAUAUUUGGAAUUUGUCCCAUUCAUCGGAAGAUUUUUGGCACAGGUGGACCCGGGACCAAAUUGACAAUAUAGAGGAGGAGCCCCCGCUGCCCGUGGAGCCCCAGGAGCUGCGGACGCGGCUGUUCACACCGACGGAGCCCCUGGGCAGCGCCCUGCGCGCCGCGCUCACCGACCGCGCCUGCAUCGCCCAGGAACACAACUUCCUCACGGGCUUCCAGGUGCACCGCGACUACCUGGAGAACACGCAUUUCUGCAGGUGGAAAGAUACUGUGUUAGACACAUUUCCCAACCAGCUGACACAAUCAGAUGAAUUCCUGUCUCUGGUAGAUACUGGAUUUUUCAUCAAUACAAGCAUCAUGCCACUUUUAAAACCAGAGAGAAAGGUGGAUGUUAUCCUGCAUUUAAAUUACAGUGCAGGAUCCCAGAUACAGGCUUUGGACCAGACCUGCAAGUACUGCUCUGAGCAGGGAAUAAUUUUUCCCAGGGUGGAUUUGAGUGAAGAAGAAAGGAAAAAGCUGAAGGAGUGUUACCUCUUUGAUGGUGCUGAGACUCCAGGAGCACCAGUACUGCUAUUUUUCCCACUAGUUAAUGAUACCUUCCAAAAAUACAAAGCACCAGGUCAGAGGCGCUCAGAGUCAGAGAUGGAAGAUGGCAAAGUUGAUCUUUACGGCUGCUGCUCCCCAUAUUCAACAUAUUCCCUUCAAUACACUGAGAAGGCGUAUGACCGCCUGGUUCAGCUGGGGGAAUACAACAUCCUCAAUAAUGAAAGCCUCAUUAUACAGGCCUUGCACACAGCAGUGGCACGGAAAAGGCAGAUAAAGAAAUAA